AAAUACAAACCGGUGCGAGUAGGAGGGGGAGGUUAAGUGUGAGCUAAUAAAGAAAGCAUACGGAGAGAAAGGGGGUAAAAGAACGGGGUUUUGGUUAUUUUAUCGAAGGCUUGGGCAAUUUUAAGAGCCCCGAUUUGGUUGUCGUUUUUAUCCGCUCAGUAAUCAUGGCCUGUGGAGCUACGUUAAAACGAUCCAUGGAGUUUGAGGCCCUCCUCAGCCCUCAGUCUCCAAAGCGUAGAAGGUGCAACCCGCUACCGGGGAGUCCGGCCGCUCCGUCCCCGCAGAGAUGCAGCCUUCGACCGCCUACAGAGACUCCACCGAAUCCCGCGUCCCCUCAGUCCGUGGGAGGAGAGCACAGGUUAACUCCAGAGCAGAUCUUCCAAAAUAUCCGGCAGGAGUACAGCCGCUACCAAAGGCGGCGGCAAUUGGAGGGGGCCUUCAACCAGACGGAGGCGUGUGGCACUGCUGAGGGUUCUAGUCCCUGCCCCGUUAUCUCUUCCCCCAGCUCACCCUCAGGUGCCUCGUCAUUGAAGAAGGACCAGCCCAUGUUUACGCUGCGGCAGGUGGGCUACCUGUGUGAGCGCCUUCUCAAAGACCACGAAGAGAAAAUCCGUGAGGAGUAUGAGCAGAUCCUGAACACAAAACUGGCAGAGCAAUACGAGUCGUUUGUGAAAUUCACACAAGAUCAGAUCAUGCGGCGAUAUGGGGCCAGGCCUGCCAGCUACGUAUCUUGAACCUCAUUGAUCAGUACCAGCCAACCCACAUCAUGGUUGCUGCAGUACCACCCCGCCCCCAGCCGCCCACCGCCACAAACCUUUUUCUUUACACCCCACCCCCCCCACUCUCCCUUUAAAGUGCUCGGGUGCCAUGGGUUAUCCACAUUUUAAUCCCCCUGUACUUCUCUUCUCUUACUGAAGGCCCAGCUGUGACUGAGUACAAUAAGAAUAAGGUCCAUUUGAAUAAAUGUGUUCUCUCCUUUUUGAAACAUAAUCGCAGCAGCUGAUUGUGGGACUGCGUGCCGCUGUAGAAAAGCUCGGCUCAUGUCUGAAUGUUUCUGUAUAAUCCGCCCUCAGUGGGCUGCAGCAGCUGUACCAGACUCUGCCUCUCUCCUUCUCUCUCACUUUGUUUCCAAACUCUUUACCUGAGGAAUGUGUUUUCUU